AUGUCGACCAACUCUAUCAAGCUCCUGACUGGUAACAGUCACCCGGAGCUCGCCAACCUGGUGGCUGACCGUCUCGGCAUUGAGUUGACCAAGAUUAUGGUGCUGCAAUACUCCAACCAGGAGACUAGUGUUACGAUUGGUGAAAGUGUGCGCGAUGAAGAUGUCUUCAUUCUGCAAUCCACAAAACCCAAUGAUAUCAACGAUGGACUUAUGGAACUUCUCAUCAUGAUCAAUGCCUGCAAGACUGCAUCGGCCCGUCGCAUCACUGCUGUCAUCCCCAACUUCCCCUACGCCCGCCAAGAUAAGAAGGACAAGAGUCGUGCUCCCAUUACCGCCAAGCUCAUGGCCAACAUGCUUCAAACUGCUGGCUGCAACCAUGUCAUCACCAUGGAUCUCCACGCCAGCCAAAUCCAGGGCUUCUUCAACGUGCCCGUCGACAACUUGUACGCCGAGCCCAGUAUGCUCAAGUGGAUCCGUGAGAACCUCGACGUCAGCAACUGUGUCAUCGUCAGUCCCGAUGCUGGUGGUGCCAAACGCGCAACCGCCAUUGCCGAUCGCCUAGACCUGCAAUUCGCUCUUAUUCACAAGGAACGUGCCCGUCCCAACGAAGUUUCCCGCAUGGUUCUUGUUGGAAACGUCAAGGACAAGGUCGCGAUUAUCGUCGACGAUAUGGCCGACACCUGUGGUACUCUCGCCAAGGCCGCCGAAACCGUUAUGCAGCACGGCGCAACCGAGGUCAACGCCAUCGUUGUCCACGGUAUCCUCUCCGGAAAGGCAAUUGAGAACCUGAACGGCAGCUGCUUGAAGCGCAUUAUCGUCAGCAACACCGUCCCCCUGGGUGACAAGCAAGAGCGAUGUGACAAGAUCAAGACAAUUGAUAUCAGCCCUACAUUGGCUGAGGCAUGCCGUCGUACACACAACGGCGAGUCAGUUAGCUUCUUGUUCUCGCACACCGUGGGGUAA